AUGAAUAUCUUUUCUCCGGAAGGAAUUGUAGGUGCAAUACAGGCUGCAUCACCUUCAUACCACAGCAUCUCAUUCACCAGGGAUGAGGCUGCCGAGCUUAUCAUGCAAGUGCAUAACACCAGAGGCCUAAACUACCAACAGCAAGCUAUACUAAAGGAGAUACCAAUGUUCACAACACUACAAAACAAGCUUUCUUCAGUGGCACAAGUAGAAAGGUCCACUGGAAGAGGGGCUCAGAUCGAGCCUCCAAGUUUCCCGCUGAGCACGGAAAAUCUCCCCAAAAGUGUUGUGCUUUUCUCAGGGGAUAAAUACGUCAAGAUUCUUAAAUUGUGCGGACUUAAGACCUUUGUGUCCAAACAAGAAAUUGUUGACAUCAUCAGCAGUAUCGGAUAUCCCGGUAGUAAUGAUCCUGUGAGAGCUGAUGAGGCGAGGCGUACCCGAGCAAAAGCGGUUCUGACGUACAUAAAGCGGUGGGAGCAUCAGCUGAAUGAGAAUGUGUACAUUGUAGCGCACUCGCUGCAUCACCACCAGCGAAGCUUACAGUUCUCACAAGCACUGAGAGAGCUGUCAGUCACCAAGUGCUGGUUGCCAGUUCAGUUGUCUCCUCCAAGAAAUUACCCGUCGUGCCUGACCUGGAAAGGUAGUGGGUGUGAUUCCCAUUUCGUCUCCUUUGGGUCUUCAGUCCUUUUGCACAAAGAGCAGACGUCCCUUGCCCUUGCCUGUGGCUCACAGAUGUACCUUGUCGAGCACUCUCUCCCGAAUGCCAUAUGCAAAGCUUUUGAGCCAGCACCUGAAGACAUGGUAAGGCACAUAAUGGCUCAUUUGGAGACGGUUAUUUUGAGCUGCGAGCAAUUUGGCAAAACUGAAGAAAUCAGAAGUGUCAUGCACACUAUCUACGUGUGGCUGACCAAUUACAGCAGUGAAGGUCACGCCGCAGACCUCUCACAACUGAAGGAGACUCAACAUUGUGUGUGGCUGACUCGACAGAGGAAAUUUGUUCACCCACAGAACGUUGCACUUGCUCAAAACCCUGAAUUCAGGCACAAUCUGGAGCCAUUUGUCUACAUCCUUCCAGAUGAUCUGGCCCAGUUUGAGUGCCUAUUCAAGGAUCUUGGUGUCCAGGAGAUGGUCACUAGAGAACAGAUCCUAGGAAUCCUCCCAGCAAUCAAAGAAGGAGACUCCCAUAGUCUGGGUAUCAGUAGUGAACAAGCCUGGCAGUUGGUUAUGGCCAUACUACACUGGCUAACGGAGAGCGAGGAAGGUGAAAUAUUCGAUAUUGACUUAGAAGAUCUGUUAGUCCCGGUACAAUCCGAUGAAACAUGGCCUCAGCUUGUUGCAGGAGAAGGUGUGGUAUACGCCGACAAUAACUUCCUGCAAGACUACUUAAAUAACUCCGAGGAUAACGAGGUUGAUUUUACUUUUGUUCAUGGUCGAGUCAAUCCUCAGAUGGCGUAUCAGUUGCAACUGACCCCACUGAGCCAACAUCUCAAUAUUUCAGAAGAUGCCUUUGAAGAUGUUGGUCAAAGUGAGCCGCUUACAGUCCGACUCAGAAAUAUUCUGAAAGACUACAAGGACGGUCUCACAAUCAUCAAAGAGCUCCUUCAAAACGCUGAUGAUGCCGGAGCUACGGAAAUGAAUAUCUGCUAUGACAAACGGUGCCACACGGACAGGCGCAGGGGCCUGUUCUUCCCUGGAAUGGUUGAGUGUCAUGGACCUGCUUUAGUCGUCAACAACAAUGCCAUGUUCACAGAAGAAGACUUUGUGAACAUCACCAAACUAGCAGGAGCUACAAAGGAGGCCCAAUCCUUGAAAAUUGGAAAGUUUGGCAUAGGCUUCUGCUCUGUGUACCACAUCACUGACGUCCCUUCAUUUGUCAGCAGCGACCUUUUGUACAUAUUUGAUCCGACGCUGAAAUACCUCAAGAAUGAAAUUAAGAAUCCAGCGAGACCAGGAAAGAAACUCUGCUUUACAUCACGAUUCAUCAGUCGAUCUAAACAACUGGAACCAUAUGUUGGACUAUUUGACUUCGAUCCUGCAGUCCAGUACGAAGGAACAACAUUUCGCUUCCCUUUCCGAACGACAGUAAGUGAAUUGAGUGAGAAAAUUUACACGGAUCAUGACAUAAAACAGCUCAUGGAACAGAUGCAGAAGUCGAAUUCGAAGCUUUUGCUGUUUCUUCAGAAUAUAGACUCCAUCACAUUUUCUCAACUUUUUGAACUUGAUGAAAAUGUCAUUCCGUUGCAAAGCUUUUGUAGCAAGAAACUGGUUGAUAAGGCAAUGAAAGAACUCGGAGUGCUCCAUGACCACAUUCCACUUGAGCAUUUAGAGGAGCGCGCUGCAGGAAUUGCCGAGAUAUAUCACACUGACACGUGUUCCCAAGCUGCGUUUCUUAACCAAAGUAACCCCAGUGAAGGUGGAUGUGGCUUUGUAAAUGACAGAGUGAAGGACAUUCUUCAGGUAAGAAAUGGUAACAUACGGGCAGACCGCAUAUGUAGAAAGACCUAUGCAUUUUUCGAGACAACGCUGAGAGACAGCCCGGGAGAAAUUGAUUUAUCCGAGCUCAUGGAAAAACCAUGUAUUUGGACAGAGAGAGAGUUCAUCAAACGCAGCGCCGUGGCUCGAGAUUGGAAGCACGAUGGACCGUAUUUAUUCAAGAUUCCAACCUGUAUGGACACACGAAGGAAACUCCAAGAAGCUCUUCAAAUCAAGGGAAAAUUUAGUACGGAAGACUUGGUUAGUGCUCUUCAAUGUUUGAAAAGGGAUUUCGGUGAAGAGCCGAUUCCGGAGAACUGCCAAAAAUUAGUGCAAUCUAUACUGGGUGAAAUGCCCUCUGAAAAUAUCACAUUUGAUUUUAGGCCAAUCGUUUUGCCAGAUACCGAUUUCAUAAUGCGUGAAGCAAGUGAGCUGUAUUACAAUGACAUGCCAUGGAAAGCACAAGAUAAGGACUAUGUGUAUGUACAUGAGAGAGUUCCACUGGUACUUGCUAAGGCUCUUGGAGUGCAAUUGUGUAGGGCCGCCAGUCUGGCACGCUACGCUGUUCUUGGAAGUAGCUUUUCUGUUGCCCAAUUUGGUCAGCAUGAAGAACUGACAAGAAGAAUCCAGAAUAUAAUACGCGACUACCCUUUUGAUAUGACCAUUCUCAAAGAGUUGCUUCAAAAUGCUGAUGACGCUAAAGCCUCAAAAAUGUAUGUGAUACUGGAUAUGAGAGAGCAUAGAAAGGAGCACGUUCUAUCAGAGAAAUGGGGAGAUCUUCAGGGUCCAGCCCUACUAGUAUGGAAUGACAGUGUCUUUUCUGAAGAAGACCUCAAAGGUAUACAAUGCCUGGGUCUUGGAAGCAAGCGGUCUGAUUCAGAGACCAUUGGUCAGUAUGGAAUAGGCUUCAAUGCAGUUUACCAUCUCACUGACUGCCCAAGUUUUCUGACCGGUGGAAAUACGCUCUGUAUCCUGGAUCCUCAUAUGAAAUAUGUCCCACAAGCAACUGAUAGACAUCCUGGUGCAAUGUAUGGAAACCUUGAUAAAAAGUUUUGGGACAGUUUUGAUGGCCUCAAAUCUGCAUAUCUAUUGGAAAAAGUUAAAAAGAAGCCAGAAGAAAUGGUAGGUGGUACCCUCUUUCGAUUUCCUCUUAGAUACAAUAAAAAACUUGUCAAGUCAUCAGAUAUUGUACGAGAGCUUAAAGAAAAUUUGGAUGAUCUGGUACUUACUGGUGGAAAAUUGCAUGGAUUGCUAUUGAAAUGGGCACCUAGCAUGAAGAAAUCUCUGCUGUUUUUAAAUAAUGUCACCGAACUUCGGUUUUUCGUUGUCCGUGGCAGGGGAGUGCUAGAGUUAGAAAAUACCUACAGAGCAGAACUUGGUGAAAUAGCUAUGGAGAAUCGAAAGGAGUUGACUGCAAACCUUAAGACUUUUGCUACCCAAGAACCUACAAGGCCAUUUGUCACAUGCUAUCCACUGACUGUCGUAGAAUCAGCAAAGGGGAGAGAAAGAAAGGAACAAUGGCUUGUACAGCAGGGCAUUGGAGAUAUUCAAGAAGGAGUGAAAACCUGGAAAUAUGUGGAACAAGUCAAGCCAAGACAUGGUUUGGCAGCUCCUCUGAGUCGUAGAAGAGAAGAGCCCUUUGUUGGUAAUGUGUUCUGCUUUCUUCCCUUGCCUCUGUCCUCUAAACUACCUGUUCACAUAAAUGGCCAUUUUAUCCUAAAUUCCACGCGGCGAAACCUUUGGACAGCCACAGACGAUAGGGGAGACGACAAGUCACGCUGGAAUGAGAACAUUCUUCAAGCCAUUGCUUCAUCCUAUGCCAAAUUUCUAGAGCUCAUUCCAGAAUAUUUUCCCAAUAUAAAAGGAUGCAAUCGUCGAGAUUCCCUCGUAAAAUCCCUAAGAGACUACUACCUAUGCUUUCCUAAUACUUCUGGGCAGGAGCCACUAUCAGAGCCAUGGCUGACAUUAGUUCAACAGGUUUAUAAGGUAAUGUCUGCCUGCAAUUCUCCAGUAUUAGCAGUGCCUACCAAAAAAUCUCUCAGAUCAUCCGAAGACGAAUAUUUUCUGCAGUGGAGGCCACUCAAGAGUGACCAAAUGCCUGAGUCUCAGGUCCACUUCUGGAGAAAUGUUGCACACAAAGAGAGUGAAAAUGACAAAAUCAAAUCAAUCCUGGAAAGAAUUGGGAUGAAAAUCACGUAUGCCCCGUUAUGGAUCUUGGACCAUUUUCAAAAGGCUGAACUGAAAAUUCCAUCUGUAUCUCCAGAGAGUGUGUACAAUUUCUACAGUCUCUUUAACCAGGCAUUCAUUGCUGAUAAUUACCCAGUUCAAAUUGAAGAAACACCUUUCCAGUGUGUUGGUGAUUUUAAAUCUUUCACUGACUUUCUCUUGGAUGAGGGUGAUGAAGAACAGUGUACGUUUCCCAAAGAGCCUUUUGGCCAGCCACUACUCUUGAAUGCUGAUAAUCAGCUGUGUAUUUUCGAUCAGGCAAACAAAAUUCUCUGCUCAGAGUACACAAACUUGUUUCCACAAUCUCCCAAUAGAUUUUUACACGAAGAGCUUAUUGAAUGCUCUUACUCUCAAUCCUACUUUCUUUCAGUAGUGGAUCCAGAACGUGUGGAAAUAGUGAAAGAGCUGAUUGAAACCAUUCUUCCAGCCAAGUUAAAAAACAGAUAUGUUUCAGCAGAAGAUGAAGAAGUAAACAUGGCCGUAGUAAAACUUUUGUGGGAGUGUUUUUCUCACGAUGAAGUAUUCAAGUCAGUUUUGGCCGAAGUUUUGAAAGUAUGGGCUCUACUGUUAACAAAGGAUCGUCGACUAUUUCGAUGUGAAUCAGACGACCAACUACUUCCAAUUGCUCUUCAGGCAAACACAGACAUGCCAUACCCCUGA